CCUGGAAUUAAACAGUUGAAUCUCGCGUUAGCUGGUCCUUUGAUGGCUUCCUCCUAAGAGUGUACACGCGGAUAGUGCUUUUGCUUACCUGUGUGUGUAAAACGGGGAGCAACAAACAUGCAGCACGACGAUGUAAUCUGGGAUAUUGUGGGAAACAAACAAUUCUGUUCUUUCAAAAUAAAAACAAAGACACAGAAUUUUUGUCGAAAUGAAUAUAAUUUAACUGGUCAGUGUAAUCGUUCAUCUUGCCCACUUGCAAACAGUCAGUAUGCCACUAUCAAAGAGGAGAAAGGUAUCUGCUAUUUAUAUAUGAAAACAAUUGAGAGGGCAGCAUUUCCAGCACGGAUGUGGGAGAGGGUACGUCUAAGUAAGAACUAUGAGCAGGCUCUGGAGCAGAUAGAUGAAAACCUUAUCUACUGGCCACGAUUUAUCAGACACAAGUGCAAGCAGAGGUUCACUAAGAUAACGCAAUACUUGAUCCGUAUCCGCAAACUCACUUUGAAGAGGCAGCGCAAACUUGUUCCGUUAAGUAGGAAGGUAGAAAGGAGAGAAAAGAGAAGAGAGGAAAAAGCUCUAGUGGCUGCCCAUUUGGACAACGCAAUAGAAAAGGAAUUACUGGAGCGACUAAAACAGGGAGCGUAUGGCGAUAUUUAUAACUUCCCCAUCCAAGCUUUUGAUAAAGCGCUGGAGCAGCAAGAUGAGGAUAGUGCUUCUGAAUCUUCAGAAGAUGAAGAAGAGGAAGAAGAGGACAAAGAGGCUGGAAAGAGAGAAUUUGUGGAAGAUGAUGAAGUAGAAAGUGACUUGAGUGACUUUGAGGAAAUGGAUAAAAUAGGAGCCAGCAGUGAUGAGAAAUCCUCUAGUGAGGAAGAGUCAUCGGAAGAAGAAACAGAAAAAUCAAAUUUAAAAGGAAAAGGCAAAACGCCUCUCAAAGGACCUAUAAGGAAGAAACGUGCCUAUGUUGAAAUAGAGUAUGAACAAGAGACUGAGCCACAGCAGAAAGUUAAAACAACUUGAUUCUGCUUUAUUUUACAGUGCGAACAAGUACAUUUUUUCUAAAUAAAAACUUUCUUCUUCUUCCACUACCUGAGAUUCACAAUUCACAGACCAUGUGUGUAUACAGUCAAAGACUAACAACUUGAAAAAUAAUGCCAGAGUUUAUAAGUUCCCAAUCAAAGGUAUGAAAAAGUUGAAAUAGAAAUACCCCAUCAUAGAAUAAAUUGUAUUAUAUUAUUAAA